AUGUUUGCGUUCUUUGUAUGUUUUAAUGCAGCCAAUCCUGUAAGCAAGGUUGGCUUCAGAGAUGUAAGCGAUAUGGAUGAUACCACUGAUCAAAUUGGCUAUUAUGAUAUCGAUUACAGAUUAGAUGGAGUUGGAAUUCCAUUUUCAUUGCUUAACAUCGGAACAGAAUUUAAAUUAGUAGUAGAUGGCAAAACAUAUUAUCCCAAACAAUAUGAGCGUGGUCCAUUCGGUGGGCUCGACAUUGAACUUUAUAUGGACAAGAUUACAGAAGACGAUUUUGCAGUUCAUUAUAGAAUUACAAACAAAGGGAAAAAAGCAGCACGUUUUCAACUUGGAACAUUUACAGAUGUUAGUUUUAGAGACAUGGUCAAUGGCGAUAUCAAUAACAUCAAAGUUCUCAAUGAUAAAAGAAUUUUCUAUGUUUAUUGCUCUGAUCUUGUUAAAAAUCCUUGGCAAAAAUUAGUUUUCGAUCAAAGACCACCUGAUUCUGACAGACUUCAAUAUAUACCACCAAAUCACCACUGGUUUGGUUUAUUACCAGAUAAUGCAGAUAAAUAUAAUAUGAGAUUCAAGAGUGAUGCUGAUAACAAAGACUUUGCAGAUCCCGAAGGACAGUAUCAAGAUAUUUCAGUCUCUCAUUCUUGGGAUGAAAUUGAAAUCGGAGUAGAUGAAACAGUUGUAUUAGGAAACAGAAUAUAUUUCUUGAUGAAAACACCUUUUGAAAUUAACCCAGAAAAAAAGGUAAUAUAUUCUGAGCCUCAAAAUAACAUUGCGCUUCCUACUUGGAUUAGAAUCCUUGAAUAUGGUAAGAAAUACCAUCCUCAAAUCAAGCUUCAUUCACAGCCUGAAUCAGGUUGGAGAGAUGAUCGUGGAUUGUCAUUUACAUGCAGAAAUAAUUAUGAGAACUGGAAAUUCAGAGUCAAUCAUCCUCAACAAGGAGAAUUCGUUUAUGAUUUAAGACUUGUUCAGGAAAACCCUCGUUUAGUUUCAAAUGUUGAAACAGUUACACUCAAAGUUUCCACAAAACCCCAUUUAGGCAUUGCUCCUAUUGAUCAUGAAGUGACCAAAGUUUAUAAAAACGACGAUUCAAUAAAAUUUAAGGCAACAAUUCGAGGUGAUUCAACAAUUAAUCUAAAAUAUGUUGUGAUAAAAAUAGGCAAAAACAAUGUUAGAAUAAAGGAGUUUGAAAAAUUAUCAGAGCCUUUUAAUCUAGAGGGUCAAGGUUUAUCGGAUCAAAAUUUCGAAGCUGAAUUUUCACUCCAAGAAGCCCAUCUCAGAUCAGGUGAUUACAAAUUAGAGAUAACAGCAAUUAACUCCCAUGGCCUCUCAUCUGAUACAAAAACAAUUGAAUUCAAGACUAAUUAUGCUACAAAAAUUAUUAAAUAUGAAUUUAAGCCAAAGAGUGUUGUAACUCCAGGAUCUAAUGUUGAAUUAGUGGGAACAUUUUUAGAAGAAGAUAUUCAACAGGUUAUUAAAUUCCAUCUGGAUCUCAAAGAUGGUCAAGCAAAGCAUGAUUCUGAUCCCUAUCAAGCGAAGGGAAGAGAACAAUAA